GAUAUCCAGCUCAGUAAGACAAAAUUAGCAUCCUUGCAGUAUGUAUUGGUGUACCUAAAAACACGCAACAUCAUGACAUCACUCUCUACCCACACUGAUAAAGAAAAAUUAACCAUACUGACCGCACAGACAUCAACUUCUACAAAAGAGAAGGCGUGUAUUAGUGCUCAAACACAAUUCAUUACUUCGACUUAA